AUGGCUUUUGUCUUACAAGAUAAAUGUCGGGGACUCAAAAUUAAACUUAAGGAGUGGAAUAAGGAGGAGUUUGGGAAUGUGGAGGAGAGGUUAAAAAAUAUUGUUGAAAGUAUUAAAGAGUUGGAUAUUAGGGGGGAGUCGAUGGGGCUGGAUAGUCUUGAGGUGACGCGUCGGAAGGAGUUGUUUCUAGACUUUUGGAAAUUCCAAAAAUGUAAAGAAGUGGAGAUUUUCCAACGAUCAAGAUCGAAAUGGCUUCGUUUAGGUGAUACUAACUCCAAAUAUUUUCAUGGUUGUGUGUUAGCUAGAUCGAAGAGAAAUAAUAUUUCCGCGCUUAAAGUUGGUGACAUUUGGCUAGAAUCCCCUUCGCUUGUUAGGGAUGCGGUGGUGAAUUUCUUCCAAAAUCAUUUUGCGGCUACUAGUAGCAUUAGGCCGAAUUUGGAUGGGGUUGACGGUAACAAAAGCCCCGGGCCGGAUGGUUUUAAUUUUGCUUUUUUGAAGUCUAAUUGGGAGCUCUUAAAGCAUGAAAUCAGAAUUUUGUUUGACCAAUUUCAUGGGAUAGGGAAGUUACCGAAGAGUUUGCUUUCUUAUUUUGUGGCUUUAAUUCCGAAGGUUAACUCCCCUUUUGGUUUGGGGGAUUUUAGGCCUAUCUCCUUGCUCGGAUGUUGGUAUAAGUUAAUUGCAAAAGUGUUGGCGACGCGGUUGGCUUGUGUUAUGAAGUCGUUAAUAGCGCCGAACCAAUCGGCGUUUAUUAAAGGGAGGAAUCUUGUAGAUGGUGUUUUGGUGGUUAAUGAGGUGGUGGACUUGGCUAAAAGAACCGGGAAGGAAUGCCUUAUUUUUAAAGUAGAUUUUGAAAAGGCCUAUGACUCCGUGGUUUGGGGCUUUUUGGAAUACAUGCUUCGGAGGUUUGGUUUUUGUGAGGUGUGGAUCGGUUGGAUUCAAGCGUGUAUCUUUGGUGGUAAUCUUUCGGUUCUUGUUAAUGGUAGUCCGACGGGAGAAAUAAAUAUUCAAAGGGGGCUUAAGCAAGGGGACCCUUUAGCUCCUUUUUUGUUUUUGUUGGUGGCGGAAGGUUUUGGCGGUGCUAUGAGGAGAGCGGGGGAGCUUCAUUUGUUCAAAGGGUUUUCUAUUCGGAGUGGAGGGCCGUGUCUUCCUUUUAAAUACCUUGGUUUACCGGUGGGGGCGAAUCCUAGAAGAUUGGCUACUUGGGAUCCGUUGGUGGAGAAGAUUCGGAGGAAGUUGAACUCUUGGGGGAAUAAACACAUAAGCUUAGGAGGUAGAAUUGUGUUAAUUAAUUCGGUGUUGAAUUCAAUACCAAUCUUUUAUAUGUCCUUUAUGAAGAUGCCGGCUCAAGUGAUUAAAAAAGUGACUCGUAUCCAAAGAGAUUUUCUUUGGGGAGGGGUUAAUGGUGUUAAGAAACUUAGUUGGGUUAAGUGGAAGGUGGUUUGUCAACAAAAGAAGAAAGGGGGCCUCGGUAUAAGGGACCUAAAGAUGACUAACCUUAGUCUUCUUUUGAAGUGGAGAUGGAGACUUUUACAAAGAAAUGACACGGCGCUUUGGAAGGAGGUCUUGGUGGCGAAAUAUGGGGAUUAUAUAUUGCAUGAUGUGAAUUGGUCAAAUGGGUCUUCUCCGUCUUUUGCUUCUCUUUGGUGGAAAGAUAUUCGCGAUUUGGAAGUUUGUGUAGAAAAUAGAAAUUGGCUUUCGGAGGUGAUGGAUAGAAGAAUUGGAAAUGGAGUGUUUACUCGUUUUUGGGUUGAUAAAUGGGUUGGAGAUACUCCUCUUUGUGUUAGUUUCCCGCGGUUGUUUUCCCUCUCUUUGCAAAAACUUGCUUGUGUUAGUGAGGUGGUGAUUAACGGCGAGAGUGGUAAUCGAAGGUGGAAUUUGCUUUGGCGUAGAAAUCUUUUUGCUUGGGAGGAGGAGAGUGUUAUCCAACUUGUGGGGGAGUUAGAAAAUGUUACUCUUUCUCGUGAAGAGGAUUGUUGGUGGUGGAAGUUAGAUCCGGAAGGCGGUUUUUCGGUGAAGACCGCUUAUGAUGCGCUUUUGCGGGAGCUUGUCCCGGGUCCUAUUCUUACUCCUUGGGAGUUGAAGAUUUUUGAAAGCAUUUGGGAGAGCCCGGCCCCCUCUAAGGUGAUUUCUUUUUCUUGGCAACUCCUCCUUGAUCGUGUUCCAACAAAGGAAAAUCUUCUCUUAAGAGGUAUUAUCCAACAACCUUUGGAGGGAAAUUGUGUGUGGUGUGAUACUUUGUCGGAAUCAGCUAGCCAUUUGUUUCUCCAUUGUAGAGUGGCUCAUGUGGUGUGGUAUGAGAUUUUCAAGUGGUUAGGAGUAGUGAUUGUAAUGCCGUCAAAUGUUUUGCUUUUAUUUGACUGUAUGAGUGAGGCAGCUAGUUCGAAGAAAUCAAAAAAUGGGUUUAGAUUGGUGUGGCAUUCGGUCCUUUGGAUUUUGUGGAGAGCGCGGAAUAACAAGGUGUUUAAUAAUAUCGCGGUAGAACCGGUGGAUAUUAUUGAUGAGGUAAAAGUUAUCUCGUGGAAGUGGAGUGUGGAGAGAUUGAAAAUAGCACCGUGUCUCUUUUACGAAUGGCUGUGGGAGCCCGGUAUUUGUUUCAAUAGUGGCUGCCUUCUUUUGAUUUUGAGGUGGGUGCUUUAG